AUGGCGGACACAUCCGAUGUAUGUUUUUCAGACCUUUCUUCACCAGAGCGGGAAGCUGUGGAGGAGUUGUUGCCCGGCAUUCGCACCAGACGUUGUUUGGCACACAACACAACGUUCAUAACCCACCUGGCACCCAUAUGGCUGCCCGACAAAAGAAAGAUUCAUAGCAUACGUCCACAGGAGACAGACCUAUACAGUCCCGGAGGAGACAAACCUAUACAGAACCGGAGGAGACAGACUUAUACAGACCCGGAUGAGACAGACCUGGUGGAGACAGAUCUAUACAGAACCGGAGGAGACAGACUUAUACAGACCCGGAUGAGACAGACCCGGAGGAGACAGACCUAUACACCUACAGUGGACAACCUCUUCGCUCGAGUCAGAUCCAUUGAUCCGGAUCAUGCUGGUGUCUGUCCUAAUCACGUGAACGCAAACUUGUGGGUGGACGCUCAGAGCACCUGUGAGAGAGAAUGCCAAACAGACCAGGACUGUUCCGCACAUGAGAAGUGUUGCAUUAACGUGUGUGGCCUGCUGAGCUGCGUGGCGGCCCGCUUCUCUGACGGCUCCUCUGCUGAUGGCCAAUCAGGUGGGGGUUUGCUCUUUGGGGGCGAGGUCAAUUGCGAUGAGUUUGUAUGCAGCCAGCAAGGGGCGGUGUGCGACGUGUGGGAAGGACAGCUGAUAUGCAAAUGUCAGGAUCGCUGUGAGAAUGAGCCAAGCUUUACGUGCGCCUCAGAUGGGCUUACUUAUUUCAAUCGUUGCUACAUGGAUGCAGAGGCCUGCAUUCAGGGUGUCACCCUCACAGAGGUCACGUGCCGUUACCAUCUGUCCGGUCCAAACGCCAGCCCCCUGCCGCAAGACACCACCGCACAUCCAACACCCACCGCAUCCCACGUAGACUCCUUUCCACCAACUCUCUACUCCAACCCACAGCACCAAAGCAUUUACCUAGGAGGAACGGCGAGUUUUCACUGCGAUGUUAUCGACCACCCAAAACCCGACAUCACUUGGGAGAAGCAAUCUGAAGUAGAAAGAAUCACCAUGCGCCCUGACCAGAUGUACGAGAAUGUUGUGAUAACCAACAUCGGUCAGCUGGUGGUGUAUAAUGCCCAGAUCUGGGACGCUGGAAUAUACACCUGCAUCGCACGCAACAGCGCAGGAACGCUGCGGGCCAAUUAUCCGCUUUCUGUCGUAAAACGAAACGAUGAUGAUUUUUUUGACGAGCCAGGGGUGAGUUUGCCGAUCGGACGGCCGUUCUCUCCAUCUGACUGCAUGGCGGCUGUGGAGCGAGGCGAAUGUGGUGAGAAACGUGUGGACUGGUUCUACGACACAGCGCAGGGUUCCUGCCAAACGUUCACACACGGAGGCUGUGAGGGUGGCCGCAACCGCUUCGAGACCUACGAGGAGUGCCGUGCUUCGUGUCAGCGCCAGGGGCUAGAAGUGUGCUCGUUGCCGGCCGUGCAGGGACCCUGUAAGCACUGGGAAGUGCGCUGGACCUACAACUGCCUUACGGAGCAGUGCCAGGCUUUUGUAUACGGCGGUUGCCAUGGCAACAGGAAUAACUUCCACACCCGUAAAGAAUGCGAAACAAGCUGCCCGCUGUCGAGCGACCGUCCGUGCAGGAGCUGCCGGACGAGAGGAAAGAUUGUGGAAAGUCUGUGCCGCAGCGACUUUGCCAUCGUAGGCCGGCUCACCGAACUCGUUGAGGACCUGGACUCAGGAAUCGCUCGCUUUUAUCUUGAGCAGGUCUUACGUGACGAGAAGAUGGGCCUGCGGCUCUUUAAGACGCAAAACCUGGAGGUGAUGCUCACGCAAAUGGACUGGAGCUGCCCCUGCCCCAACAUCACCCAGCACCAAGCGCUCCCACUGCUGGUGAUGGGUGAGGUGCAGGACGGCGUGGCAGUAAUUCUUCCCCACAGUUACGUCAGACCCAUUUCUGAUCGACGACUGAAAAAAAUACACGAGGUGCUGGCCAAGAAAACGUGUGAGAUGCUGCAAAGAUUCAAAGAAUAA